AUUUUGCGACGGUACUAGUGUCUUUACGGCAGUUCACCACAACAUCAGACAUCAUGGCCUCCUCCGCAGUUCCGGAGGAUUUACCUGCGAACCGGGAGGGUUUAGCGGCCUCAGGAGACACCGGGACACCGGGGAGAGACACCGGGAUACCGGGGGCUGCUUCCCGGGACAAACCGGUGUGUCUAAUCGUGCUGGGGAUGGCGGGAUCCGGGAAAACAACCUUCGUUCAGAGGCUGACGUCUUACCUUCACACUCGUAAAUCUCCUCCUUACGUCAUCAACCUGGACCCCGCCGUGCACGAGGUGCCCUUCCCUGCUAACAUCGACAUCAGAGACACGGUGAACUAUAAGGAGGUGAUGAAGCAAUACGGACUCGGACCAAACGGAGGAAUCGUCACGUCCCUCAACCUGUUCGCCACGCGCUUCGACCAGGUGAUGCAGUUCUUAGAGAAGAAGCAGCAGAACCACCGGUACGUCCUGAUCGACACCCCGGGUCAGAUUGAGGUCUUCACCUGGUCUGCGUCAGGAACCAUCAUCACUGAGACUCUGGCGUCGUCCUUCCCCUGCGUCGUGAUCUACGUCAUGGACACCACCCGCAGCGUGAGCCCCGUCACCUUCAUGAGCAACAUGCUGUACGCCUGCAGUAUUCUCUACAAGACCAAGCUGCCCUUCAUCGUCGCCAUGAACAAGACGGACAUCAUCGAGCACAGCUUCGCCGUUGAGUGGAUGCAGGACUUUGAGGUUUUCCAGGACGCUCUGAACCAGGAAACGUCGUACGUUGGAAACCUGACGCGCUCCAUGAGCCUCGUGCUCGACGAGUUCUACUCCAACCUGCGGGUGAGACGGAGUUCAAUCAGGACGCAGUGUUCAUUUUAGCAGCUAUUUUUGAUCUAGUCUUUAGAUGAAAAUGGUUAUUAGUUUUAGUCACAUUUUAGUCCUUUUUAGCCUUCGUAGUUUUAGUCAAAAUGUUUUCUCUCUUUAAACUAAUUCAGUUCGGCAAAUACAGGAAUCUGAAAUCUGAAUGAAGGUGACAGCAUCAGGUGUUGAAA